AGCUUUGUUGGCUCAAGUUAUUCUGGCUCAAGGUUAAUUCUUUUUGUCCGGUGCCAAUUUGCGUAGACUCCUGCGCCAUCAGGUGAAAACGCCGUAACUUCACUCUUAGAGUCAUUGUGCGACAGCUGUGUGCAGCAAUGGGAUCGACAGGUUUAAUGGCAGCAUUCCUGCCAGUGGCUGGGCUCAUUCGUUUUGCGGGGAGCGGGCCGAAGUUGUGGGGCCGGCUUGUAAGGCCUUUUGUGCUCGGCAUGGUGGUAUUGACGGCCGCCACCGCGGUCUUGAUGAUGAUUACACUGCCGUUAUUUUGGGCAGCUCCACUCUUGAUCGGCGGCUACUUGCUAGCAUGCGUUGUCCUCUUCGAGGCCAUCAGUUUCUGCACCAGCAUGCAAGAAUUCAUCAUUCAGACAGCACUGGAGGAUAUUGGUGUGCUCGAAAUUCUUCGCGCGGAGUAUGGGCGCGAUACGCUUCCUGUUUUGGCGCGGAGGGAGAAGUAUAAACAUAAGGUUUGGUUUCUGAUCGCGCGUUGUGCUUUGAUGGGGGCAACGCUCUUAUUCGCGGCAGCGCCGGGGAUAGGCCAGUUGUUCGUUGUCUUACUCAAUGGCUGGCUCUAUGCGUGGCACCUCGUUGACAAGCAGCUGGUUCUCAUUGGCCUGAACAAGUUUGAUCAACAGUUCGGACACGUCAUACGUAAUUUCUUAACGUACGUGGCCUAUGGAACAAUAGCGCUCAGCUUGCUAAUGGUGCCUGGGAUUAAUAUAUUUUUCUUUGCUGGUAAUGCGUACGGUGGGGCGUUGCUCUUCAAGGAGUUCGUUGACGCCGAAACACCUGAGCAGAGAUCUCUCCGAGAAAGGUUCACUUCUUGAAGUCUUCUGUGAUGCUGCAAGUUGCGCAAUGGUGUCGAGGCAUCCGUGUCUUGAUUCGCUAUGGACAUCUAAUUUUUUGGAAACGUGAUCAUGUGAGUAGCAUCAGGAAUUGUAGCAGGAAGCGGCAAGACGUGAGGAUGAGGAAGCAGAGGAGUGGAGUGGACAACUCACUGCGAACAGAAAUUUGUAGCCGACCCUUAGACUUUGUAACAUAUCGCACUGUAUUGGCAUCGUUUGUAAACGUAGAGUUUUUAAGCCCGGCGCGUGUACUUUUUCUCUGCGGGUGCGCGUCAGAUUCCCUCUCUCGUCGUCCUGCCCUCCAUCAGUUGUGUUACCCAGCCCAGAGGAGAAGCCUUUGCAGAGCCGACCCCCCCCUGCGCGGUCGCCGCAGGCUCGCGGCGCGGCGAGGCGGCGUGCGGGGGGAUUGCCGCGCCCUGUGCGUGGCCCACGGCCCCCCAAAAGGGCCGCCGCGCGCUCCCGCAGCUCCUCCUCCUCCUCGUCCUCCUCGUUCUUCUCUGGCGGCGGGGCAGAGGCGCUCGCCUUCCACGACGGCUUUCCAGAGCGGGGGCGUCCUCGCCAGGGCGCCGCUCGCCUCCCCGCUCUCGCGUCAGGCGGGGCGCCGUGGCAGGCCAGAUCAGCCCUGCACCCGUGUGUUUUCCAGUAUCGAGUUGUCAAGCGUCGCAAGCAUCGUGCGCAGAACUCUCCGAACGCCCUUUCUCUGCUCCCUCCUCCUCGUGUCCUCCUC